CAUCUGGCCUCCUCUCCAUCACCAGGCUGGUCAGCACCCUGUUCAGAUCCUCAGUGCUCACCCACCUCCAUCACCACCUCUCAGCCCCCAGAGCCCCUGCUUCCCCUGGAAAGACUUUCACCCCCGCCACUUGCACUUCCCCUUUCCCUACCACAUUCCCCUGAUCCUGUCAUAGCCCCACAACCCUCAUGGGACACAGAAGAGAGGCCAGAUCAGCCGCUCAGUCCUCACCAGCUGUCAUAUUUGAAGAUCCUGGGGAUCCCUUUUGGGCAGAAAUGGAGCCAGUUUUUCUGGGGUCUGCCCUCCCUGCACAGCGAAUCCUUGAUAGCUGCUGCCUGGAUUGCCCAGGACCCUCCUGUUCCACAUCUCCCCACCUUCUUCUUUAACAAAAUUUUAAAUGUUUGCCCAGUUCACAUGAAGGAUAAAAUGUCCCUGCUGCAUUCCCAGGCCCAGGAUCCACCCUGUCUGGGACCCCGAUCUCCACCCCGAUUCCAGCCCCCACCUCUGGAUCAUGUCCAGACUCGAACCCACCCCCUGUCCUCUUCCCCAAUCCUGUCACCAUUUUGUCUGUCCUGCAACAGGGACAGUAGAACAGCUGGCUCUACAUCCCAUAGUAAGCCACAGGCUCCCAUCCCAACUGAAAUUCAACCCUCAGGAAAACCCUUGUCCAAGAAACAAUUAGAGAGGGCACGGGCUGUGUCCUCAGCAGUCCAAAGGUCUCAGGAGGGUGACAGCCACUCCACGUUGUCCAGGAGAGGCCUUCAACAGGACAGGUGUGCUGCUGCCACAUUUCCUGAGAGUUUUUCAAUCAGCCCUGAGCUCAGGGAAACAUUGGAGCAGCAUAUCCAAAAGUGGAUCACUGAACACCAUCAAGACCUGCUCGGCAAGAUCCAGGAGGCUGCAGAAGUCACACGGCCUCACUGUGAUGUGACUCGUUCAUGUCAGGCCCAGGACAAGCCUCGACCCUGUCUUUCAUCCAUGUCUACAGCUGAAGGCAGCAAGGACAAGCCUCGGUCAUCUCCUUCAUCCAUGUCAACAGCUACAGGCAGCAAGGACAAGCCUCGGCCCUCACCUUCAUCCCUGUUUAUAGCUGAAGGCAGCAAGGACAAGCUUGGGCCCUCUCCAUCAUCUAUGUCUACAGCUGAAGGCAGCAAAGACAAGCCUGGGUCCUCUCCUUCAUCCCUGUCUGUAGCUGAAGGCAGCAGGGAUGUACAGAAGGUGAGGUUCCAGUUGAGGCAGGACUUGGGCAGGACUUUUGGGCAUAUUCUAUCCAAGGCCCCAAAAGAUGUCUCCUGGGACUUAGGAAGCUCCCCCAGGAUGGUUCAGGGCCUGAUCUUGCAGAAGCCAGAGAGAAACCUGACAAGGCCCACAGAGAGGGAGAGCAGAAAUGACUUACCAGGAAGCAUGGACAAGAAAUACAUAGAAGACACGCUGAAAGCCCAUUUGGGAGUGAAGACAGGGCAGAUCCAGAAGGGGCUGAUCCCCCUGAGAGUGAGCCGGUCCUGGCUCAUUAUGAAUGGUGCAUUUUCUGCCUCUGACACCCACAUGGAAACCAGAAGGCCACCAUCCUCCAGGGCUCGGGAAACUCGUAAAGCAAUAGCCAUGAUCAUCCAGAUGGCUGACAAUGACAGGUGUGUUGUAUGUUACGUGUCGGUGCCGAUAAAAAACGACGAGAAGACCUGA